AUGUCGCAAGCCAACGAUACUGCACAGGCCCCGGCUAAGCCCAGGGAGGUCAUGGUCAAAUUGCAGAGCCUCGUUAACAAUGACCCCCAUAGUUGGGAGGAUGCUUGGAAGGCUAAGAUCACCCCUUGGGAUCUAGGGGAAGGCCAACCCCCGUUGAGAGAUAUCUUGACUUCGGGCGAAAUUGAGUUCCCUCGUUCAGGACGUGCACUCGUGCCCGGUUGCGGACGAGGAUACGACGCCGCUUGCAUAGCUUCGUCUCUUGGUCAUGAUACGUUAGCUAUUGAUAUAGCCGCUACUGCCGUUCAGGAAGGAAAGGAUUAUCUGGCCUCUUUGCCGCCACUCCCCGCUGGCAAAGUCUCAUAUCUCCAGGGUGACUUCUUCAACUUCCAAGUGUCUGAUGAGGAACGUUUUGACCUCAUCUAUGAUUUCACGUUCUUCGUAGCUAUCCCCCCUACACGUCGAAAUGAGUGGGGACGACAAAUGCGAACGCUCAUUAAACCCGGAGGCUAUCUUAUCACCCUUAUUUAUCCCAUAGAUCCGCACACUCCGACUGGACCACCCUACUUUGUUAGACCAGACCAUUAUCUUAAACCUCUCGGCGAAGGAUGGGCGAAAGUAGUAGACAGGAUUCCUGAGAAUAGCCUUCAAUCCCACGUCGGCAGAGAACAUCUUGUCGUUUGGAGGAGACUGUAA